AUGGCCGACCCCCUCCUGACGACCCUCUGCUCCAUCUGCCACACCGCCGUGCCCAGAUACACAUGCCCCGCCUGUCACACCCACACCUGCUCCCUCGCCUGCUCCCAGAAGCACAAGGCCUGGGCCAACUGCACAGGCCGCCGCGACCCGACCGCCUACAUGCCCGCCGCCCGCCUGCGCACCCCGGCAGGCGUGGACCAUGACUACAACUUCCUGUCGGCCAUCGAGCGCGAGCGCGACCGCAACCAGCGCGAGAUUGUUGAGGAGCGCGGCCUGUUCUCCGAGAAGCAGCUGCGCGAGCUGGGCGAGGAGAGGCGGUGGCGCAAGAUGUGGUUUGGCGAGGAGGUGCGGACGACGAUGAUGACCAGGGGUGGUCCGCCGUCUGCUCUCGCCCGCAGGGUCCGCCAGCGGCUCGACCAGGCCAACGUUGAGGUCGUGCACAUGCCGGUCGGGAUGGCGCGGCAGCGCGAGAAUACAACAGCCUGGAACAGGAAGGCAGGGCGGAUCAACUGGUGCAUGGAGUGGAUCGUCUACGAUGCACCGGGCAGCGGCGCAGGCGGCGCAAGCACGAGGAUACGACAUAAGGCGCUCGAGACGAUCCCCCUCUACAAGGCGCUGGGAAACUCGCUGGCCUGGUCUCGCAAGGGGCAGUACAAGGACGAAGAGGAGGACGAGGAGGACGAAGACACCUUCUUGUCGGCGUAUGCGAGGAAGAGGCGACGGGUCCUCAUCAAAGAGGUCAAGGAGGAAGGCCGCCGCAGCGCGAUGCAGGAUGCCGACGAGGCCACCUGGCUUGCGAUCCCGUACACGAGCCAGAACCCCUAUACCGGCACCUGGGACACCGACCGCGCAGCUACCGUGUCCUCGUGGCUCCCUGACGAGCUCAUCGACGCUAAGCGACACCACAGCUUCUACCUGCUCAGGCCGCUCACACCAGCAGGGAAGCCCAAGGAGCUGAUCCCGCUCGAUUCCACAGAGACCCUCGGCAGGGCGCUCAUGGGGCGGACGGUGCUCGAGUUCCCUACGGUCUAUGUCUUCCCUCCU